GUAGCAUGAAAGUUUUAUGCAUGUGAAGCUGACCGGGGUUAUGCAGUAAUGGAUCAGGCGAAACUGGGGAAAAGCCCCCCCCCCAAAUUUCAGCCGCUGGCCGUGACUCCUCCCAUCCCUAACAGCGUAAAGAAUUCGUAAUGCGGUAGAACACCAAAACGGUUCUAUUCGAAUAUUCGUAAUUGGUCCGUGAGACCUUCGACCUUGUGGUCUUGUAUCCUGCAAUCGAGUGGUGUUGUAGAUACUCGAGUGAUGUUGUAAGAGCACCAGACUCGACUGUUGUGCACUAUCACUGUACACAUGGUACGCGUGAGGUGUCGGUUGUAGCCUAGCCUUAAAGUUGAGCUGAAGUUUGCGUCAGAGUUUUUCUGUGAUCAUGGCCUUCAGACUAUGACAAGCAUCAAGCGAGGUUUGGUUGAAACCCCACAGGACUGCUUGUAUUCACCUUUACCUCCGGACUGUUUAGUUUAUUUACAAUGGCUCUUCGACUCCUCUUCCGGCGUGUUGUCUACAUGACCCGUGUCAUAUCACAGGGUGGCACCCCAUGUAUAUGCAACAGGCUUCACCAAUCAGCAGCUGUCUUCAAUACUUCCAGCAUUCUCAGAUGGUCUCGCAUGCCAUUAUGUGUGAGUUAUCUACACGGGUCGCCAGUUCUGAAUGCAAAGAAAGGCAAAAAGCACCAGUCCAAGGUGGAUGUGAGUCGGUCAGCCGACGACAGCAUCCUCGACCUGGAGCAGGUGCGUGAUGACAUGCAACAGGCGUUGGACGCCCUCAAGCAGGGUUACAUGAAGUCACUCAACAUACGCACGUCACAGGGUGUGCUGGACCACAUUCAAGUCUCAACAAAUGACGGGAAAUUUCCGCUGAACCAGCUGGGCCAGAUCACAUCCAAGUCGGCCAACAUGCUGGUCGUCAACAUGGCCAGCUUUCCUGAGGCAACACAAGCAGCUGCCAAAGCGAUUCGGGAUUCAGGCAUGAACCUCAACCCCCAGGUGACAGACACGGUGAUACAGGUCCCCAUCCCCAAGGUAACAAAGGAACACAGGGAACAUCUGGCCAAGCAGGCCAAGACCAUGUGUGACAAAUCCAAGGUGACGCUGCGACAGAUACGCACCGGCUUUGUCAGCAGGAUCAAGAAGCACAAAGACACGGCCUCCAAGGACACGCUGUUCGCACUGGAGAAGCAGAUCGGGCAGAUCGCAGAUGCCAGUGCGGAGGACGCGGAGAAGUUGCUGGCAGCCAAGACAAAGGAGCUCCUGGGGAAGUGAUCCUGGUCUUUGACAAAGAUGGACAGAGACAUUUCUUGGAGGAAGAAUUGUGCCUUAAGAUCAUAUAAGAGGAUUGUGAAAGGGAGAUAUUGUGUGGCCUUGAUGGCGAACUAUCCAUUCUGCAUCACAAGUGAAUCAUGGAAAGUCAUUGUAUGAUAUGGAGGUUUUGAAUGCAUUCAAAAUCCUGUGAGAUAGAGACACCAGUUCAAGCCAACCAUAUUUUGACCAAUUUGAGUUAGACCCCACUGGCUGUUGCCUCAAGGUAGAGUCCGCGUCCACACCGAAGUAACCAUUUCUUGGUCAUCUCUCCACCGUUAGCCCCUGGGGAGCCUUUUCUUCCACAGAAUUGCCUGCACAUGCUCAGUGGAAUUGGUCCGUUCUUGCUCUCGGAUAUGUAUUUAACCAAGGUUCAUUUGUUUAACCCAUUGAAACGGUGUGCUUUGGUCACUUAAGGAUCUUGUGAAAUGAGCUCACCAACAAACUAUUUUCUGCUGUAGGGUUCCUGUCGUAAGUUACUCAGGGUUGGGGGAGUCAUUCAAGGCCAGUAAACACUUCUCUCUGCGGGAUCUUCUGCGGAAUAAAAUUUUGAUUGGAAUUGUAGGGCUGCCAGGAGGAUAUUUAAAGGUAAAAGAAUGUGAAUUUUGCAUGACGAAGUAAACUGGAAAGAACCGAGUACAGAUGUAUCUUUGAGUCACUGUUAUGUUUUUCAUUUGUACUUGUUUUAACAUUCAAUUCUGACCUUGUCUACAUCCCAAAGCUUUCCCCUUAGUAUGUAUUUUCUCAUGAAAAACUCACUCAUCACAUGGCAAUUGAAACGGUUCACAUUUGCUUAACUGCUGAGCUUGGAAUUAUCUUCCUUCCCCAGUUUUGUUUCUGGCUGUGUUCAUGCAAGUUUUAUUUUCCGAGACGAGUGAAUAAACUUAUUUGCAAUACAAUUUCA